CCCCUCCGGUCCGAGUUGGUCUCGUCCGGGUCUACCCAGCAUCAAAUGCACAUGUUGGGUGUGUUGUGUUAAGGGUUGCAGCGAUAUUACAGCAUUUAGCAGACUUCUGCGGGUUGUCGCGUUGCUGUUUGCUCGUUACGGACACGAUGCGAUAAGGCUCACAGUCAAUGAGAAAUACUUUGAAUAUCAGAGUUGUCGUAGAAAACGCUGAGUCGAGCAGGCUGACACGCGUGACCCAGCGUGGCUGCUGCUGCGUGACUUCACCGGACUGAAGGCUUUGCGGCUCGCCGGGCGACACCAUGAGCUCCAGGGUGUGUAAGAACUGCGGCAGCAGGGACAUCGACGUGGACCAGGCCCGCGGCGAUGCCGUCUGUAUGGGCUGCGGCUCCGUGCUGGAGGACAACAUCAUCGUGGCCGAGGUGGAGUUUGUGGAGUCGGGAGGCGGAGGCUCGCUGGCUGUUGGACAGUUUGUCUCUGCAGAAGCCACAGGGACGGUCCCCUCAUUUGGAGAUGGACACUACACUGUGGGGAGGGAGUCCAGAGCUCAGACGCUGGCCAGAGCGAAGCAGAGCAUCAACUCUCUGGGCCACCAGCUGCAGUUGAACCAGCGCUGUCUGGACACGGCCUUCAACUUCUACAAGAUGGCGCUGACCAAACACCUGACUCGCGGCCGCAAGGCCUCGCACGUCAUCGCCGCCUGCAUCUACAUGGUGUGUCGCACUGAGGGGACGCCGCACAUGCUGCUGGAUCUCAGUGACCUCCUGCAGGUGAACGUCUACAUACUGGGAAGAACCUUCCUCGUGCUGGCCAGAGAACUGUGCAUCAACGCCCCGGCCAUAGACCCGUGCCUCUACAUUCCCCGCUUCGCACAGCUCCUGGAGUUUGGGGAGAAGAACCACGACGUCUCCAUGACGGCGAUGCGACUGGUGCAGAGGAUGAAGAGGGACUGGAUGCACACGGGACGAAGGCCGUCGGGACUCUGUGGGGCAGCUCUUUUGGUCGCCGCUCGCAUGCACGACUUCUGCCGCACCGUCAAAGAAAUCGUCAGCGUCGUAAAAGUGUGUGAAAGCACGUUGAGGAAAAGACUGGUGGAGUUCGGGGACACACCCACCAGUCAGCUGACCAUCGAAGAGUUCAUGAAGGUCGAUCUGGACCAGGAGUGCGACCCGCCCUGCUUUACAGAGGGGCUGAAGAAGAAUAAAGUGCGUCAGUUGGAGAUUGAGCUGAAGAAAAAGAUGGAGGAUGUUGAAGAUGAAAUCCAGGUGUACCAGGAUGAAAUAGACGACGAGCUUCAGAGCAGUAGACCCAAACUGAGAGGAGUUUACGCUGCCUACGCUCAGGAAGACGGUGAGAAUGACGACGACGUCCUCUCCACGAUGUGCAAGAUGGCGGACAGCGAGGAAUCGGAAGAGGAAGACGAACUUCAGGCCGUGGCCAAACACUUCGGCAAAGAGCUCGACGAGCUCACGCUGGAAGCUCUGAUAAAGCUGGAGCAGAAGACACCAGAGGGGGACGAUGAGAACCUGGACCUGGAGGAGGACCUCCCACAGAGAAAAGCCCCGACGCUGGCGUCCAUCUUGGGCACCUCAGCAGCCGGUUUCAGCCUGACCGAGUCCAUCGGCCGCUACGUGGAAAAAGAGAAGGAGAUCGAUGGUGCUGCUGACAGCGGGGAGCUGGACCUGAGUGGGAUCGACGACAGCGAGAUCGAGCUGUACCUGCUGAGCGACAACGAAAUCAAAAUCAAGACGGCGCUGUGGAUGGCAGAAAACUCAGACUACCUCAAAGAGCAGAAAGAGAAGGAAGCGAAGAUAGCAAAGGAGAAGGAGCUCGGGAUCUACAAAGAAAAGAAGCGUAGAGGACCUGUGAAGAAGCGUCUGCCGAUCCGGGCCAACACCGCCGACGAGGCCAUCGAGAAGAUGUUGGAGCAGAAGAAGAUCUCCUCCAAGAUCAACUAUGACGUCCUGAAGGACCUCAACAUUAAGCCCUGCGCCAGCCCGACUCACAAAGCCGAGUCCCCAAAGAAGGAGCCGACUGCCACCAAAAUAACUGGACGCAACCGCAACCCUGCACGAGCCCCGCUGAGCCUCAGCACGCCGCUCAGCACCCUGGGAAAAAGGCUGCAGCCGUUCAUCUCCGGACAGCCCAACAAGAAGCUCGCCGCAGAGCAGAUUGCCAACUCCAACCCCCUGCCGGUGCCUGUGGGAGCCCCCGCCAGCGGCAGCGGCGUGGUGGUGGAGAGCGGGCCGGUCGUCUACGAUGAUGCAGCCGCUGACGAGGAAGACGAGGAGGAAGAGGAGGCUUGCAUGAGCGCCCUGCACCUGCUGGGCGGAAACGAUUAUGGCUGUGAUGGAGAUUACGACGAUGGAUUCUAGCAGCAGUCGUCCCUGAGUUAUUCUCCCUAAUACUGAAUCCUUAAGUUAUCAAAUAUUUACCAACCAGGGACACAAAAUGACUGCAGCCGCGGCUGGGAGCUGUGACGCAAAGAGGAACGAAGGAUCCUCAUUGGGAACAAAUGGGACACGUAUGCAGGAAAACCAAAAUCAGUCGCACUGCUCGUCCCGUUUGGCUUCCCAGCUGGAGUGGACUGGGAGGACGUGCUGCUCGGGUGCUCAAAGUGAGGGAUAUGAGUGCGUUUAUCAGUGUGCUGCAGAUGAUAAUGCAACAGCAGAGGUAGGAAACACUCCAGCAAGCUUUGGUUUGUAGGCCAACAGACAUUUGGGUUAAAACUGGGCUCAAACAGCUACGCUCCAUGUUGUUUCAACAGCCUUUAAAUGACUUGACCUUAAUGUGUAGCUUCACUGAAACGCAGUCAGCUAAAUGCUGCUGGAACAAUACGAGUCAUGUUGAUGUCUAAGAAAACAUCUGUUUUUUUAAUCUGAAUGUCUUUUUGUCCUGCAAAACACCAAAUCAGCGGUUACCGUGAAGGGGACAGACGUGUCCCUUGUGGACUGAAACGUUUCCGCCGUGCUCAGGACGAGCCGGUCGCAAUGCUAAUGCUUAAUAUCCUUGAAUUUUCCCUUUGCAUUCGUAACACUCAGCGGUAAGUGAGUUCCUGACUCACUCUGAUUCAAAGCUUGUAUACUUAAGUGUCAUGUGCUCAAAAACAAGCAUCUAACAAUCAGGGAGCGUAAGAUCAGUUAUCAAAGCGUUGGUUACCAUGAGGCUGAUCUUCAAACGGCCUCGCUGCUCAGAUCAAUAUUUAUUAAAGCCUUCAGUGAUCAGUGGGCCGACUCACGCUGUCUGCUCUGCUUAAGCCAAAGUCUUACAGUGAGGUGGCCUUCCAACAAAGUGUGCUGAGAUUUUAAUUCCACAACGAGUUUGUAUUGUGUGAUUGUUUAUUUUAUUUAACAUGGUUUGGCCUUUUCUUAGUUGACUCUUUAGAUUUAAUUUAUGAGUUUGUGUCAUUCGAUGUCCUGUCACGGGCCACUGAGGCGUUUAAAGCCAGGAUGUAAAUACCUUCUCUGCAAUAUUCUAUUUUUCAAAUGAAUGAGGGAGCCCAAUCGGAGAACAGAUCUAUUUUGUAUUUAAGCUUUUAUGAUUUUUGUGUUGGGCAAAAUGAGGAAGUGCAACAUAACGGUGUUUAACGAGGCGUGUUUGUCGACUGCCUGUGUGUCGCUGCUGCACGUCACGACGUCACAUCACGAUGUUGUUGUGUGCUUUGCUGCUACAGUAAAGAUUUCACCACAUGAA